AAUGCAGAUAUGGAAUGUUCCGAUAGCGUGUAUGGAUACCUAUAGGGUCUCGAUGUCGGACUGAUAAGACCGCGUGGGGAAGCUUUUUCUUAUCAGCUUAUCAGCCGUGGCUCAUCCAUCUAUCCAUCCUGCACUGGCAAGGUCCCCACCACAACGGAAUCCGACAUCGGGUUCGGCUUCCAGGUUCUCCAACUCCUCCAACUGCUCCAAAAAGCACCAAGCCAGCCCCACGCUGCGAUAGUGAAGCCAUUGGCCGACCUGAUGGUUGAUCUUAGAUAACCGCCAAGCGGGAUCGAACUGCCAAGCUGGAUAGAUUCAAGACGGAAGCAUGCACUUAGAUAAUUGCCAAGAUAGACUCAAAAAUGAUAACCGGCGAUGGUGCCAAGAUGAGCAACGGAUGUAGGUAUAAAUUACAUGCAGGUCUCUGCUGAUACUCCGCCUUCUUCAUCACAAUCAUCUACAUUCUCGAUCACUAUGGCUAUCAAGUCUGUUGUGCUCUCCGCGCUGGCGACGUUGGCGUCGGCUUCACCUCUCCUUCAUGCCCGUGACAGCAAUAGCACAACUUAUGUCUUCACCAACUCCAAUGGCUUGAAUUUCACUCAGAUGAACGCUUCCUUGCCCAAUGUGACCAUCUUCGCUACUGGAGGAACCAUCGCCGGCUCCGACUCGAGCUCGACCGCCACCACCGGGUACACCUCGGGGGCUGUGGGCGUGUUGACCCUCAUCGAUGCCGUCCCGUCCAUGCUCGACGUGGCCAACGUGGCCGGGGUGCAGGUUGCCAACGUCGGCAGCGAAGACAUCACCUCAGACAUCCUGAUCUCCCUAUCCAAGGACAUUACCCGGAUGGUGUGCGACGACUCGACCAUGGCGGGUGCGGUGAUCACCCACGGCACCGACACGCUGGAGGAGUCGGCCUUCUUCAUGGACGCGACGGUCAACUGCGGCAAGCCCGUCGUCAUUGUUGGUGCCAUGCGUCCUUCGACGGCCAUCUCGGCCGAUGGUCCCUUCAACCUGCUCGAGGCUGUCACCGUGGCCGCCUCCCCCAAAGCCCGCGACCGCGGCGCCAUGGUCGUCAUGAACGACCGCAUCGCCUCCGCCUACUAUGUCACCAAGACCAACGCCAACACCAUGGAUACCUUCAAGGCCAUGGAGAUGGGCUUCCUGGGCGAGAUGAUCUCCAACAACCCCUUCUUCUUCUAUCCGCCUGUCACCCCCACCGGCAAGGUGCCUUUCGACAUUGCCAAUGUCACUGAGAUCCCGCGCGUGGACAUCCUCUUCUCCUACGAGGAUAUGCACAACGACACGCUGUACAAUGCUGUCGAGAGUGGCGCCAAGGGUAUUGUGGUUGCCGGAGCCGGAGCCGGAGGCGUCACCACCUCCUUCAACGCCGCCAUCGAGGAUGUCAUCAACCGUCUGGAGAUCCCCGUGGUGCAGAGUAUGCGCACGGUGAAUGGUGAGGUGCCGCUGUCGGAUGUCAGCAGCGACACCGCCGCGCAUAUCGCCAGUGGGUACUUGAACCCCCAGAAGUCGCGCAUUCUGUUGGGUCUCUUGCUGGCCGAGGGCAAGAACCUGACCGAGAUUGCCGAUGUGUUUGCCUUAGGCACGAACGCUUGAAUGGGGGAUCGAAUGAUGGUGAUGAUGAACUGGUCUCGCUGGAGGCGAGCUCAAUGACUGUAUAUAAUCUCAUGAUAGAUAGAAUUCAAU